AAAGCAUGAAAUGAGGUAUGGAAACAUGCAUUUGGGAUAUAUGUUGACUUGAAGGGCAGGGUUAUGUGACCAAUCCAUGGGUAUUACUAGUUGUGCACUGUAUGGCGAUGGACGUGCAAGGUUUUUCACAAGGUUUCAAGGCCAAAGGUUUCAAGAGAGCGAUUUGGUUGUCUAUUGGAGUUAUGGGAGUGGUUUUGACUCUUUAUCAAUGUUUUAAGGUCAUACGAUCGUAUCUACAACAUCCCUACUCGACUAAGCUGUCUCAGGUAUUCCAAGACGACUUACAAUUUCCUUUCGUUUCCCUAUCCUCGACCAAAAUUUUGAGCUGUCGCAAAAUGAAACAUGAACUUAAUCAAGAUCCUACUGAUUUUGUGGUCAGUACCAAAUGGGAUGGCAUGGAGCAACCGGUAACUGGACGACAGUGUGAGGAUGUGGCAUCAUUCUGCUCGAUUUAUUAUCAAGGAGCUAAACAGUACAUUAUCAAUUAUUUGGGAGAACUGAGCACCCUCAUCAUCGGGGAAAAGUCUGGCUUGGAGGUCAUUCUUAAGAUUCCACAAUCUCAUUCUGGGAAAUUUGGGAUUGUCCAAGACAUGGAUGCCUUCUUUUGUGACUUUGUUCCGCCUUCUUACAUCUCGGGGGGGAAAAGGUACCAACGUGCCCGAUGA